AACUGAACCAGACCGUCAAUGUGGUUACGUGUAUUGUGUACUCGGAAUCACAACUUUCCCCAUUUCUCCAUCUGACUCCAUGGUCGUUUCGUCUUCGAUUGACUAGGGUUCUCUGCGCGUCCAUCUAGGACUUCGCUCGCUUGCAGGAUUUCUCUUCGAUUGAUUCCGCUGUUCAUCCAAUACGACUGUCCAGAUUAGAGGUUGAGGCUAGGGUUCAAUAGCCUCUAGGUCAAUUUUUAGUUCGCGCAAUCGAUUUGAAGGGUAUAUUUCUCAACCUCGAAUCGCUCUUCGACUUUUCGUUUAUACUGCGAGAUUCGUUGAAAUUUUACGAGUCUUUUAUGGGUUGUACUUCGUUUUUUGUUCACUUCGCGAUUCUAUUCGCGAUCUGAAUUUUUUUUGGAUUUAGGGUUUCGAAUCGUAUUUUUUCUGGCCGGUUUCUGGAUAUUCUUAUUGAAAAAAUUGGGGAUUUAGGGUUUUCUUUGGGAACCAUCGGGGUGGGGUUUGGUAUUUCGAUGGCAGCGGGGAGAAUGGGGGGUUAUCGUGACUAUGAUGUGAAGGACCGGGAUUCUAGUGUUGACGUUGUGAAUGGGAAAGAAGGAUAUGAACGGGGGCGGAGCGGUAACCCUGAAAACAAUAAGAGUCGAGGCCGGGAUGUUAGAGACAGAAUUAGGGUCAGGCAAAAGGACAUCAGAGAGAGGGAAGUGGGUAAUGGUAAUCUACGAUCUUCGAGUAGAAGUGACUCUGGCAGCAGCGGUGGUGGUAUUGUUUCUCACGGAGUGAAGCAAAAGGUUUUGCUUGUCAGGACAAUGGAUAGGGAGCCGGGUGAGUUAUCCAGUGAGAGUGGAUCCGAUGAUGCCACUGAGUCCGGAUUGCCAUUUAAAAUUAACGAGUCUGCAAAGGUGGUGGAGAAUGGGAUUCGUUCUCCACCAGAGAAGAAGAGGAAGUUCUCACCAAUCGUUUGGGACAGAGACGAAAAGGAAGAGACUGUUUCCACAAGAAAUAAGGUCGCCAAGGCUGUGACAGCUUCACCUCUGCCUUCACCGAAGGAGAAGAGGGAAUCUCCUAACGCAAUGUUGGAUACUCUUGAAGCCAUACCUGCUGAGGCUGGUAGGAGUAGUGAUCCUGAGUACUUGCUACCUUCCUCUCUUGUUGAACCUUCUGUUGGGGGCCAUGGAUCAGAUGAAUUCCCCGCAAGUGGUUCACCAAUGAUGCCUUCUUCUGAUUCACUUAGGAAACCAUGGCAGGCUGAUCUUGAAGCAGAAAAUUUUGGGGAUGAUGAUUAUGUUCCAACAAGAAACAUUUCAUCCUCGAGAUGGGCUGCUGGUAAUAACUCUCCUGGAGAUGAAGGUGAAAUUUUAGAUGCAGAAAUGCCUAAAAGGCGGAAGACAACACCAAUUUCUGAGUCAUUGGAAGGCAUCAGAGUACAAAGAAAGUCAUUAACUCCAGAGAUUGGGGAGAUAAUGAGACAAGGCUCUGAAGCAGGGACAAGAUCAUCUGAAUCGACAGAACGUGGUGAUCGGUCUCGAUCAUCAAGUGCGAAUCAUUACCUUGGUAAUGAUUCUGAGAAAGAUGAGGGCACGGAUCUUGGUGAUGAAAUUCGUAGAAUGGAUACUAGCAGUAGCCGGUUAGAUACUGAUUCUGAGGAUGAGACAGAAGCUCCCGAGGAAGCAGAGCCUAGUGUCCCUCCUCCCCAACGAAGUGUAAAUAUGCUUCAAGGCUGUAGAAGUGUUGAUGAAUUUGAAAGAUUGAACAAGAUUGACGAAGGAACUUAUGGUGUUGUAUAUAGAGCUAGAGACAAAAAGUCGGGGGAAAUAGUUGCAUUGAAGAAGGUGAAAAUGGAAAAGGAACGAGAAGGUUUUCCCAUGACUUCUUUGAGGGAAAUAAACAUUCUCCUGUCUUUUCAUCACCCUUCAAUUGUUGAUGUAAAAGAAGUGGUGGUGGGCAGUAGUCUUGAUAGCAUUUUUAUGGUAAUGGAGUACAUGGAGCAUGACCUAAAAGCACUCAUGGAGACAAUAAAACAGCCAUAUAGUCAAAGUGAAGUAAAAUGUCUGAUGCUUCAGUUACUGGAGGGUGUUAAAUACCUUCACGAUAAUUGGGUGCUUCAUAGGGACUUAAAGACAUCAAAUUUACUUUUGAAUAAUCAGGGAGAACUGAAGAUCUGCGAUUUUGGAUUAGCUCGGCAAUAUGGGAGCCCCUUGAAAACAUAUACACAUAUGGUUGUUACUCUUUGGUACAGGGCACCUGAACUUCUAUUGGGAACAAGACAGUAUUCAACAGCUAUUGACAUGUGGUCGUUAGGCUGUAUUAUGGCUGAACUAUUAUCAAAGCAACCACUGUUUAAUGGAAAAACUGAAGUUGAUCAGCUUGACAAGAUAUUUCGAACUCUAGGCACACCCAAUGAAACAAUUUGGCCUGGGUUUUCCAAACUUCCAGGAGUAAGGGUCAACUUUGUUAAGCACCAGUACAACUUAUUGCGUAAGAAAUUCCCGGCGACAUCAUUUACCGGUUCGCCAGUUCUUUCUGAUUCAGGAUUUGAUUUGUUGAACAAACUUCUAACUUACGAUCCUGAGAAGAGAAUUACAGCUGAGGCCGCUCUUAAUCAUGAAUGGUUCUCAGAAGUUCCUCUUCCAAAGUCAAAAGAGUUCAUGCCUACUUUUCCUGCUCAACAUGCUCAGGACAGGCGUUUGCGGAGAGUAAUGAAGAGUCCAGAUCCCUUAGAAGAACAACGCAGAAAGGAGUUGCAGCAAGGGGAAUUGGGCACAUCUGGUUUGUUUGGCUAAGAGAAUGGAUCUGGUAAUUUGGCUCAGGCUGCCUGAAGUUAUUUUUCUGAUCACUCGACCAUUGGACCUGAUUAAGGUUAGGGAAGAGGGCUGUGAAUUGUGUUUGACAGAUGAUUGCCAGUGCUAUUUUAGCAGGGCAUUCACGGUUAUUUGGUUCAAGAUAUGUAUUUUUUUUUUUUUUUUUGCUUCUGUCAAGAAGAUCAAUUGCAGCUUUUCUCCUCUGGUCAUCAUAUAGAAAAUGCUUCAUUGACACGGCUUGCAUGGCAAGGUGUGGAACAUUGUUGUUUUCUUGAAAAAAAGUCAGAUUCAGCAGAAACUAAUUUUGUAACAUAUUCCUAUUGAAAAUUAGGCUGUUGGCCAUAAAUUUUAUUUGCAAUAUUAAAUUUCCUUGGAUUUUUACUGCCUACAUAGUUCAAAUUUAUCUCCUUUUAAUAUUUGAAUUGUGUUUGCAAGAGAUGGUUGGUGGGAAGGGGAGGGCGGUCUUUGCUUCUCGUUGAUGAAGAAUUUGACAGUUACGAUAGUUUUUCAAAGAUUCCAUCUUUUGUCAGUCCCCGUGAUUUUUCUGCAAAUGUGACUGCAGUAUCAAAGCUAGCAGGUUGAGGAGCUUCACCUGCAUUGCUCUUGAAGUUAUUAACUUAGUUGUUGAUUCGCACACUUGAGGUACUAAAUGCAAAGUUUGUUUUUGUUUGCAUGUUUUUCAAGUUCCUAAGUAUUUUCUCGACAGUUCUCUUCUUUGAAGUGCUGUUUGGAAGAGGUUAUUUGGAUCUGUAAUACUGAAAAGUAUGGUUAACCAGACUAUUAAGCU